AUGAACAAUACCAAAAGAAAACAAUUAUUUAAAAUAAUUAUAUUAGGUGAUUCUGGAGUAGGAAAAACAUCUUUAAUGAACUAAUAUGUAAAUGCUCGCUUUACUUAAUAAUAUAGAGCUACAGUAGGAGCCGAUUUUAUGGCGAAAGAAGUUAUGAUAGAUGAUCGUAUGGUUACUUUGCAAAUUUGGGAUACUGCAGGAUAAGAAAGAUUUUAAUCAUUAGGAGGUGCUUUUUAUAGAGGAGCAGAUUGUUGUGUUCUUGUUUAUGAUAUUACAAAUAAGAAAAGCUUUGAAAGUUUAGAAAGUUGGAAAGAAGAAUUUAAAUAAUAAGGUUAACCAAAAGAUCCUGAUAAUUUCCCUUUUGUUGUUUUAGGAAAUAAAUGUGAUAGAGCUUCUGAAAGAAAGGUUGAAUCAGAUUUCGCUUCAUAAUGGUGUAAAUCACAUGGAGAUCUUUUAAAUUUUGAAACCUCUGCUAAAGAAGAUACUAAUGUAAAUUAAGCUUUUACUGCAAUAGCUAAAGCAGCUGCAUCUUAAUCAUAAGAAGAGGAGAUAUUCUUUCCAACUAAUAAUGUUGUUUUAAAAUAAGAUUAAAAAUCAAAUAGAAAAAAAGUUGAUUCUUGUAGUUGUUGA